AUGGCCAUUUCAGAUAUGUUGAACCGCCGUGUGCGGGCAAGGCCAGAUGUUGAAGAGGAUUUUUAUUCCUCUGGUUCUGAAGAAGGCUCUCAGGACGAGGCAGAGGUAGAGGACUCGGACGAAGAUCAAUCACAGGAAACUGAUGGAUCUGAUUCCAACGUUGAAGUCGACGAGGACGAAGAGGAGGAGAACUCCGAGGACGACGUCGAGGACGAAAAUUCCGAUGACGAAAAAGACAAUUUCCAAGCAUCCCUCAGCAACAUCUCAUUUGGUGCUCUAGCCAAAGCUCAAGCAUCCAUGGGCCCGAAAAAGCGAAAGGAAAAAUCCCUCCAGGCAGAUGAAUCUACCGCAUCCCCACUCGACGACAUCCGGGCCAAGAUCCGCGAAGCACGGGAACAAAAACGGGAAGCCGAAGCCAAAGCACAAGGCAAGGACAAGAAAGCCAAGAAAGAAUCUCGGUCAUCCAAGCACGCACCUAUGGAACAGUCAUCCAAGCGCGCCGUCACCAGAAGACGUACAGUUGUGGAACCUCCGGCCGUUGCUAAGGCUCGUGAUCCGCGGUUUGAUGCGGCGGUGAUGGGAUACAGUGGUUCGGGACGAUACUCGGAAGGAACUAGCAAGGCCUACGCAUUCUUGGAUGAGUACCGAGCGUCUGAGUUGAAGGAUCUCAAGGAGCAAAUGGCCAGGACGAAGAAUCCUGCACAGAAGGAGGCGCUGAAGGCGCAGAUUCGGUCUGCGACUGAUAGGAUGAAGGCCGAUGAGAACAAGAAGCGCGAGCGAGAGGUUAUGGCGGAGCAUAAGAAGCAGGAGAAGCAGUUGAUUCGGGAUGGUAAGAAGACUACUCCUUACUUCUUGAAGCCGUCGGAGCUUAAGAAGAAGGUUCUUGAGAAGAAGUAUGAGUCUAUGAAGUCUAAAGACCGGGCGAAGGCCAUGGAGCGUCGUCGCAAGAAGAUGGCUUCCAAGGAGCGGAAGGAUAUGCCCUGGGAACGCCGCGGCAUGGGCGAUGACGAGCCCCCGAGUUUUGGCAAGCGUCGUCGACUUGCUUAG